AUGUCGUCGUUCCUCUCGCGAGCGGCAUCGGACACCAAGAUCCAGUUUGCGACAACCGCCAUUGUGUCCGGAGCAGUGGUCGCAGGCACAAUCCUCGGCCUCCAGCGGCUGCAGCGAGAGUCGCGCAUCCAUCGCCUCAAAGACUCCAUUCCCGAGCUUGAGAACGACGAUGCCAUCCGCGAAAUAAAUAGCUUUGGCGGCGCCUCGACGAACCUGGCCGACGACGAAGACCGACGGAACGAAGAACUAGCCCGGAGGGCGCAGGCCGGCGACUUCGACGACGAGCUGAUCCUCGAGCAGCUGGCACGAAACAAGGUCUUCCUGGGGCCUGAGGGCCUGGACAGGUUACGGGACGCCUUUGUGAUAGUCGUCGGUUGCGGCGGUGUCGGCUCCCACGCCACGGCCGCCCUGGCUCGAUCCGGCGUGUCCAAGAUCCGCCUGGUGGACUUCGACCAGGUGACGCUCAGCUCUCUCAACCGGCAUGCGGUCGCCACGCUAGCGGAUGUGGGAACUGCGAAAGUACAGUGUCUGAGCAGAAGGCUCAAUGCCAUCACACCGUGGACCAGGUUCGACCUGAGAUUGGAAAAGUACUGGGACCAGUCUGCCGAUAGACUGUUACAGCCGUGGGAAGAGAACGGACAAAAGCCCGAUUUUGUCAUCGAUGCCAUCGACAACAUUGACACCAAAGUAUCACUAUUGGAAUACUGCUACAAGCGUGACAUCCCCGUCAUAGCAUCUAUGGGCGCUGGCUGCAAGAGUGACCCCACCAGGAUCAUGGUCGGUGACAUUGGAACUAGCACCGACGAUAGGUUGUCUAGGGCUACGAGGAGACGGUUAAAGAUCAAGGGCAUCACCAAGGGAAUUCCCACCGUGUUUUCUACAGAGAAGUCUGGCGAGGGUAAAGCCGAAUUGCUGCCUCUGCCUGACGAUGAGUUCCAAAAGGGCUCAGUUGGCGAUCUUGGAGUCAUGCCAGACUUCAGAGUUCGCAUUCUGCCGGUAUUGGGAACUAUGCCUGCGGUCUUCGGAUACACAGUCGCGAACCAUGUCAUACUUUCAGUUACAGGAUACCCAAUAGACUAUGCUCCAGCCAAGGGCAGAGACAAGAUGCAUGACGGUAUCCUGGCCGCCCUGCAAGGUAGUGAAGAAAAACUCCUUCGGCACAUGACUCCAGGUCAUGAUUUCAGUGUCGCGCUUGGUCUGAAGGUUCCUAUCACCAUUGGUGAUAUCUCGUUUUUGACAGAAGAGAUCUACAGGGGAAGAAGUGUUGUAACGGGACUUUCGACAAGACUGCAACUUCUCAGGUGGCGUAAGCCCACAAGUCCCACCCUCAUCAAUAUUGAGGGUCAGAAAUCCAGCAAUGUCAAACUCAGUGACCUGGUUUGCAUGACCAAGGACGAAUCCGCACGACACGAGAAGGAGAUCCUGAAGGGCGACAAAGCACUAGCAGAUAUAUACGACCAAGAGACGAUAGACAAGGUAGAAGGGCUACUCAAAGAAGCGGCCAAGUAUGAGAAAUAUAGAUGA